UCAGAGCACCUCAAAUCCUCAAGUAACAGCUGGUUGGAAGGGCAUUGAUGAAGUGGCAUGGUGAUGCCGAUUCAAAGUGACGAAAUUGAGAAGUACGAGUCGUCUCGACCUACGGGAAAUAUCAAUCGCACUGCGCGGGAAUCAUCAAUGACAGAAUUGGAUACAGAGUCUGACGUGACGGUGAAGCUCGCGCCCGGUGCAGAACCUUCACAAGAGACGAUCGAAAAGGAGAAGAGUGAUAGGAAUUGUAAGAGGCUCGUGCCGAGCACGCUCAGAGGCACGACACCGGCGCCUUACGUCGGCAUAUCGAACUUCGGGAACACAUGCUAUUUGAAUUCCUGCCUGCAAGUGCUUUACUACAUUCCGGGGUUUCAUGAGGGAUUGUCCUCACUCCACAACGCAUUCGAAGAGAUUCAAUGCUGGUCUCAUGGGGCGCCGGAAGCGGAUUCUUCAGUCAGCAACGAGAGGUCGGAGGGUGACGAACCGAAAGAGCGAGAGAGUGAAACACUGAGGGAGUUUCUGAAAUCUUUGGUAGGCCUUUACGCACAGCUUGGGCCGCGUUCCCGACAUCACCCGACUGACCAGUACGCGGCAGAUGCAAAGCUGCCGAUGAUGUACUGCUGUUCUGCAGACCCACACCCCUUCUUGAAAGCAUUGAGCGCGGCGAACGAGCAGUUCGGCGCGGCGUCGGAGCAACAGGACGUGCACGAAUUUUGGGGGUGGCUAAUUUCCUAUUUAGAGAGCGGCCAUGUACAUGUGAAGAAAAUGAAUGAGCGUCAGAGGGCGCACGACUUGGCACAGUCGGACGACCAGGAGCAGUACAAGAAAAACAAAAAAAAGCGUCCUAGAGAGGCGAGCCAAGACGCAUCUACUGAACAACCUGAACAAAGCUACAAAAAAAAAAAGGAAGAAACUAACUCGUGCCAAAAAUCUAGCGAUCCCAGUUUUGUCGAGAAGAUGUUUCGCGGAGAAAUUCGUUCUACGGUCAAAUGCUUGGAAUGCGAGUUGGAAUCACAUCACGACGAAUGUUUCUAUGACAUUAGUCUGUCGAUCGAGAGAGAAAAGAACCAAGAGUUGAGUUGUUUACUCGAUCAAUUCGUCAAAAAGUGUUUAUUGUGUAAAUCCGAAAAGUAUAAAUGCAGCAGUUGCUUAUCGGACGUGGAGGCCUUUUUUUUCACCAAAAUUCACCGCCUUCCCAAGAUUCUAGUAUUUCACCUUAAACGCUUUGAAUGGUGUAUGAACAACCAAUGUGGUGAAGUGCAUGGGUAUAUACCACAAAUGAAUAAAAUCAAUCACCACAUCUCCUAUCCAGAAAAGCUUGUCAUCGACCCCAAAUGGCUGUGCGAAGUUUCAGUCGGCGAGCAUUCUAAAGCUGCCGAAGCGCUAGAAUACAGCUUGUGCGGCAUCAUCUUCCACCUUGGCACAUCGACUUAUUAUGGACACUAUACUGCGGCUGUGAAGCUACCCGACUCAGAGGCACAAGAAGGCAAGGAAUGGAUCAUCCUCGAUGAUCAGCGCGUAUCGUACGCGUCCCAACAAGACAUCGUCAAUGCACAUUCUCCGGAAUUCAAGUCUCUCAGCACGGCCUAUAUGCUCUUUUAUCUAAAAACAUGAGAAUACGCCGAUCCUCCCUCGGAGAAUCGCAUAUCUGGGCUUUUCGAAAGGAGAGGAGUGCUACUAGCGCGAAAAAGCCCUCAAAGAGACGAGAAUUUCUUGAGAGUGCUGCCGCUGAUUUCCGGAGCGUCCUCCCCCAUCGCACCUGUGUCGAGCCCUAAAUUUUGUAUACACCCUUCUUUUUUCUUGAGCACCAAUUGCUCGAAUAUGUCGUGUGCUUCGCGAUCCAAAAUGUGGGUUACGAUAUCCAUGGAACACUUCUGGUACUUGUAAUAGUCUAGAAAGUAGAUCAAGGUAUUCCUGAGGCAGGAAAAUGGGGCAAACGAGUACUGCCGAAUGAUUUCUUGCAAGACGUCUUGGGCCUUUAUGCAGGCGGCCACACGGUUCAAGAAGGUAAAUAGGAGCAUUUCUAGAACGUCCCUUAGCGCUUCCAGCUGGUCCUUCUCCAGUCCGCCUAAGUCGAUUGUCCUGCACUCGGUCGGGGACCGGCCGUUUGACUGUCCGAAGGCUAGGAGGGUCUCUACUUGAAUCAAGGGACCUAAUAAGACAUGAAGAGUCUGAGACCAGACGUCUCGAGUUUCAUCUGGAUUGAAUUUCUUUUGAUUUCGCUGAUAGAGAGAAAUCAGCAUAUUUACGGAUUCAGUUAGCCUCUUCGCGCCAUCGAUCUCGUUCGUCGCCUGCGCCUGCUUUAGAGCGUCUACAUAAAAUUCGAGGCUCUUCCAAAUUUCUGACAAGAAGAAGUUCAGAAUUUGUUCGAACUUUUCGGUCUUUUCUAGCAACAUGCAGUAGGCCGAAGUCAGACCGUGCCUUCGUGACAUCGAAGCAGCGACGUCCGGGUCGUAGUAGAGAGAGUUCGCUUCGAGCCAUUCGAUCGCCUCGCCGGGUACCAACGUACACACCAACUCGAAUAACCGGUUUCCAAAAGAUUUUGAGAAAG